GUCUCUCAACAGGUAAACAAUUACAGCAAGCAUUUAUACCUUUGUUACAGACAAUAACAAGCAAUAACACAGACAAUAAUGAGCAACAGCUGCAUUUUGUUUAUACAUAGGCUAUUCUGCUAUCUUAUUUUUCUCACUUUCUGGGCGUCAAUGUGCGUAUUUGAUAAUCAGUGCAAGGUCAUGAUAACUUCUCACACAGUUCUUUCCUCCUCGCCUCACACUGUCCUCGCUUUUACAAGUCUCACGUCAUUAGGGUUACAGCUGGUCUAACUCUUGCUAACAGACUGACAUGCAUUAAGAUCCCCUACAAAUCCUUGUCAAUUCUUCCCCUUCUUCCACAGGGCUCUGCCCCUCCCUUCAUAAGAAUAUAAAAGUGGCCAUACUGAGUCAGACCAAAGGUCCAUCCAACCCCACAUCCUAUAUGCCAACAGUGGCCAAUGCCAGGUGCCCCAGAGGGAGUGAACCUAACAGUUGCCCUUCUGGCCCUGCCAGGCUGCAGGAUGUCGUCCAUGUUUCGCUCCAGCUCAUCCCCUCCUCCCAUGGGACAGGGAAGGGAAAUGGUUUCCGAGGAGCCAGUUCAGGGUCCGGUGACCUUCGAGGAGGUGGCUGUGUAUUCCCCCAGAGAAGAGGGGGCUCUGCUGGACCCCACUCAGAGAGCCCUCUACAGGGAUGUCAUGCAGGAGAAGUAUGAGAAUGUAACUUCGCUGGAAUCCUGUGGCGUAUUGCACCUGUUUGUAGUUACUCCUUAGUCUGUCAAAAUGAAGGUGCAAAAUAUCUGAUGGGGGAUUCUCUCCUUAGGCCUGUUCAGUAAAU